AUGGUAUCACCCCAACAGCAACAAGAGGACCAGACGUCCUUCACCAACUGCCUGACCAAAGACGUUCCUGACUGGACCGGAGGACACGUUCAGACCUCAAAGCAGCAACAAGAGGACCAGACGUCCUUCACCAAGUGCCUGACCAAAGACGUUCCUGACUGGACCGGAGGACACGUUCAGACCUCAAAGUAUGAAGAUAUAGACAGGGAAAAUAAUCAGGCGACCCCUGAAUCUAACACAAACACCACAGCUGCAGUGGUGCACGUGACCUGUGAUCAUGUUAAGACAGGAAACGACCAGUCUCAGGCCAUCACUGAACCCACCAAAAACACUGCAGCUACAGUUAUGACUAGUGGGUACGAUCAGACAGGGCAAGGCCAGUCUCAGGCCAUCACUGAACCCACCAAAAACACUGCAGCUACAGUUAUGACUAGUGGGUACGAUCAGGCAGGACAGGGCCAGUCUCAGCAAAGCACUGAUCAUGGCGAAUCGUUGGAUACUAGAAAUCCAAUAUACACCACAGAGCCAGCUGCCUCAGAGGGCAAUCAUGUGUACAACUGUGAAAAUGAUCAGGCAGGGAAGGAUCAGACUCAGGCUAACGCUGAUGAAUCUGAUGGCACAGCCGUAAUAUACGCCACAGAGCCAGCUGCCUCAGAGGGCAAUCCUGUGUACAACUGUGAGAAUAAUCAGGCAGGGAAGGAUCAGACUCAGGCUAACGCUGAUGAAAUGGAUGGAAAACACGAGAACAUGUGGAGAAAGCUGAAUUACGUGUUGGUUUUCCUUCUCAUCAUCCUGAAGGAACCCAACAUGGCAGAGGCCGGCUGUAGGAGUAGGUGUGAGGAAUCAUCCUCAUCCUGUCAUUGCUACAAAAUGGACCUCACCAACAUCCCCCAGGAUCUGCCAACAUCCAUAUCUCGCUUGAAUUUGUAUUCUAAUAAGAUUACAACUCUCAAUGGGUCAGAGCUCGCAAGGUAUGGAGACCUGACACAGUUGGAAAUAAACGCCAACCAAAUAAACGUCAUUCAGACUAGUGCACUUUCAAAUGUACCAAAGCUUACCAAAUUAUCCAUAAGCUCCAACCAAAUUAGGAACAUUCAGCCUGGUGCUUUUUCGAAUGUACCAAAGCUCACAGAGUUGUACCUAAAAUCCAAUCUAAUAAUUAUCUUGCAUCCUGGUGUAUUUUCAAAUGUACCCAAUCUCACGACAUUGUUCCUAGGCCGCAACUUAAUACGAGACAUUCAACGUGGUACAUUAUCAAAUCUACUUAAGCUCACACAUUUGAGCCUAAAAUCCAACCGAUUAAGCGACAUUCAGGCUGAUAUAUUGUUCAAUCUACCAAAGCUCGAGUGGUUGGACCUACGUCAUAAUCAGAUAACUGAUAUUCAGUCUGGUACAUUCUCAAACCUGCCAAAGCUCAAACAGCUGCUCCUACAGUCAAACAGUAUAUCUGUCCUUCCCCUGUCCGCUUAUUGCAUGCUGGCAUCUAUUCCUUGCAUAGAGAUUGCCAAAAAAGCCUGGCAGUGUGACUGUAGGAUGGCUUCCUCCAGAAAAAAGAUGAAUGGGUCUCUUCCUUUUGAAAACCAUUUUAUAUGUUCCAAGCCUGACUUUCUCUUUGGCCAAAGGUUUAAAGAUAUCAACCCUAAAGAUCUGAACUGUGUAAAGUCAACCGUAUCAAUUGUGUCUGGCCAAUUAGAAAGUAUAAACAACUCCUACAAAGAUACAACUUACCAAGCUUCUCACUAUCAGUGGUGCUUCAAACAAAAUGCUGGCUCAGCAGCACACUCUGUUGGCAACGCUUUCACCCCACUGCCUGUCGAUCCAAGUAAUCCAGAAACAGAAAUGAACAAUUCCCAUGAAUCUGUUCCCAUUCUCCCCCUACCUGUUCUCAUUGUCUCUGUCUGUGGUCCAAUAGCUGUUAUCGCCCUGAUAGGUGCCGUCAUUCUCACAAUCUGGUAUAAGAGGAGGACCAAGAAUCCCCCGUCAGGCCAAAACACCACGUGCUCAGCUACGAACACCACCACGUGCUCAGCUACUGUAGUGACCAAUGACCAUGAUCCCCAGUAUAAAGAUAUAGACAGGGAAAAUAAUCAGGCGACCCCUGAAUCUAACACAAACACCACAGCUGCAGUGCAAGGGAUGUCCUCUUAG